UUGGCUCGCCUCUUGGCCACGCCCUCCUCCACCAGAUCCACAAUAAAAGAGCCGGGAUGUGUGUGUGUGUGUGUGUGUGUAUGUGUGUGUGGGUGUGUGUGUGUGUGUGUCACUCCAGCCUGUGUGGACAACAGGUGCACCACCGCUCCGGUGAUAAUGCCUCCAGAGCGCCUGCACUCGCUCUGCUUAGGGCUUUUCAGGUUCCACUCGCUGCUUUUUGUGUCUUGAUUUUCUUCAUCAUUUCGUCCCGUAGAGAUGCCUUUUCCGCCGAUCAGCCUCCAGCAGCGGAUCUCCUCUCCUGGCAGGGAACUAUUUGGGAAAAAGAAGGCCAGCGCAGACCAGGCUCAGGCUGAACGAACCGGCAAGUCUGGAUCCGAAAAGGGAAAACAGCCCAGCUCCUGGACAUCUGCAAACCUGCGGAAUCUGGGGCGAAGAUCGCAGCCGGAGAAGAACAAAAGCCAAGCUCAGAAGCCCAGUUCGGGGCAGGAGACUCAGGGAAAGUGCUCCUGGCUGUCGGUGCCCAAACCGCAGGAUCCAUCGUUGGGAAUAAGGCGCUCCAGCUCAAUGGACUCCGCCAGACAUCUCAGUGGAAAAGAGGACACAAAGAAGGAAAUCCAGUUCUCGCUCAGCCUCACUCCUGAAGCCAUUCUUGUCAUCAAAAAGCGGAACCUGGAGAAGCAGAUGAUGGCCAAGCAGCAGAAGUGCUGCGCCUCCGCAGACUUUCGGCACCGGCGAGUUUUUCCGUCCAAAAAGGCGCACGGAGCGUCCAAGUGCUGCGCUCCGGGCGCCAAGACGGACAGCGCGGAACAGCAGGACAUUACCGCCAUCGUUAAAAUAUCUCUGCUGAACGAUCAAUACAAGUACGAUGAUGUGGAGUACGAGGACGAGGACGGGGAUGUGGAUGAGUCCGUGGUGAGGAAAUGCAAAGAGUGGCUGAAGGGAGUGGAAAAUGCAGCUGCUUUGGUGAAAGCAGACAAACUUUCAGCACUUCCGCACCUCAAAGGCUGCUGACACCUGACUUCAAAUCUUUAUUAUUAUUAUUCAUAAGUUGGAAGAAAGACAUGGCGGACUAAUUCCUUUUAUUUACAAGACUUAAGACAAGUGAGAAUGUCAGGAUUUGAAAAGAUGUCACUAAGUUUAAAAUGCCAAAAAAAAAAAAAAAAAAAAGGCGCAGACUACUUUUAGAUAAACAUUCAAUAAUAUAGUUCGGGUUUAUAAGAGUCAUGUUCUUAAAACAAAAUUAUCUUUGUUCAAGUUCAGAUGCCAUUUUGCUCUCACUUUCUUCUCAGUUUCUUUGCACACGGGUUGAUUUCCAGUGGGCGUCUGUGGAUUGGCUGGAGUCAGUGGAGGCAGCCAGAGCGCUCUUCUCCUCCUUUUGUCAGAGAACAAUAAACUGCUGGAGAUCAUCCGCGACGGACUGAAACCCAGCGCGGAUUCUUUGCUUUUUAUCUGCUGCUGAUUGGGUUCAAUUGAUCAAUCAGUGACCUGGUGAAUUCAGGUAAAACGGGACAGGACAAGCAGGGGGCAGGGCGGACUAAACAAAACCUCGCGUUGACAAAGAUGUGGCAUAGUUAGUUAUUUUGGAACCAAAAUCACAUGAAAAACCAGUAUAGUGCAGUAUACAGAAAAAUGAUGAUCUGAUCAUCAAACAAAAAUCCUUAUGUAGGUCAAAUAUUUUUUCUAAAUUAGUACCUUUUUUUGUAAACCAAUUUACCAGAUGACAUGGUAAAUUGAGGCGUCCUAAACAAAAUAUGUCCCUGUUGUCAGCAAAUAAGAUCUGACAUAAAGAUUUAAAUGAACACAUUUUUGAACGCAGUAAAAGUUUAUUUUGUGUGUUGUUGUGGUAGGUAGAGAAAAGAACGUGCAAUGAGAGGAACAAUAACUAGAAAAUUGAGAAGAACUAAUUUAUUCCUCACAAGAAUGGAUCAUUUUUUCAGAUGAAUUUAUUCAUUUUAACAAAAUUUUCAUUCAUCUAAAGUUAUGAAGAAAGAAUCAAGCUUUUUACGGAGCCUGUGAAACUUUGACCAUUUUAGUGACAGACCAGCGCAAAUAUGCAUCGGUUACUAUUUUUAUUUAACAAACUGACGAGCAUCCAUAAUAAGUAUAAUAGUUAGAGCUAAAUUGUGCCAAUUUUCUGACUGUGUCAAAAAUGGUUUUGCCUCAGUUAUGAUAAAACAGAGAGCCACACUUUCAUACAAUAACAAACUUAACUUUUCUCACAUAAACCGAAGAACCCAAAGCUAUAAAACACACUAAGUUAAUUGUCAAAUCUGAUUACAAAAAGAAACGCCCCGAUUUACAUGAAUUCACCCUUAUCACAAAAUAUUUAUACGGUCAAACAUUUUAUCAGCUGAAAUUUCUUAUCCACUUUGAACUUUAUUUUACAAACAAAAAGUUCUUACACGAACUGGCCAUAAAAUUGCUUAGAUUUAUUACUUUCUACUGGUGUUUUGUUCUCUUGCUGAUUUGUGGUCAUUUAGGUCUCUUCUUGCUGCUGUCUCUCAGACAGCAUUUUCAUAAAGGCUCUUUGUUUCUGCUUUGCAGCUACCUGGGGCCAUUUGGGCAUUAGCGUUUUAAGCUUCUUAGAUUUCCUGUUAAGCAGGGUUGACCAAUGAGUGCUGCAUGCCUGCCCAGCAUCAUUCCUGCAGGAAAUUACCUCCAAUAUAUGUCGAUAGAUCAAACUAAAUAUGCCACUGAUGUCUGGACAAGAAUGACACUUUAUUAUUUCCUGGAUCUCUUUUUUUAGAGUUAGGUAUUUUGCAGCCUUGAUGUUCUCUAUUGUUUUCUGCAAUAAUUAUGUUUUUACUCUGGAAAUGUGUUGCUCAGGUACAAACAGCUCAUCAGGAAACAAAAUACAGUCAAUGUCACAGUGAGAGAGAAAUAAAGUUAUAGAAGGAC